UCGUGCCAAUUAAAAUCCAAUAUGUAGAUUGACAUGGUCUCUUGGAGGGCAGCUAGCUAAUUUGUCAGUUAACAUGUCUUCAGAGCACGGUAAAAUUGUCUGGCCAGGUCUCCUAAUGCAUGGAGUAUAAUAUUUUAAUAGACAGCCAAUUCAAUCUUGUGUUUGUAUAGGUCAAUGUUGAUGGCAACCGCCCAACAAUGACACAUUCAACUGCAAGAAAUAUACAUCGACUAGGUAGCCUUCAUCCGUACAUCAUGCAUGACAUUGACCGGGGUUACACAAAAUCACUUUUAAAUUGUUUCACAGCCAAAGGCGUGUAGUCCAUACAUCAUGGAGUAUCACAUCAGAACAACACUUUUAUGACCAUGUUAGGUCAUUUAUCUUAGCUAGUACACAUACUGAAUCAAGCAAUACGAAGAAACUCCCUAAAGUUGAUCGAUUCAAGGUAACAAAUUUAUGGCUAUUUAGUUGGCGCACUCUACCCGCGCUUCUGAAUUAAUGACCAAUUCUAACUCGUCAUACGUUUUUGUUGACUGUUUCACAAAGUCACCUACUAUUUUCUGCUGCCAUAAAUACCUAGCGCCCUUCACAUAGACAAAUCACACAGCAAUACUACAAAGCCACAAGCACACAUCUACUUUCAGGAAAAACUCAAAUGGCACCCUCUUCCUAUUUCCUUCUCACCGCUGUUCUUGCCUUGGCCACAUGGCAGGCUAUUGCUUCUGAUCCGAGCCCUCUCCAGGACUUCUGUGUCACAGACAACAACUCGCGUGUUCUUGUUAAUGGAUUUGCCUGUAAAGACCCAAAGGAUGUGAAAGCUGAAGACUUCUUCUUGGCGGCCAAGCUCGACAUGCCAAGAGACACGAAAAUGAACAAGGUUGGGUCGAAUGUCACCUUGAUCAAUGUAAUGCGGAUUCCCGGCCUGAACACAUUGGGCAUCUCCUUGGCGCGCAUCGACUAUGCACCUUUAGGUGAGAACCCACCGCACACUCACCCGCGUGCCACGGAGAUCCUCACCGUGCUUGAAGGGACCCUUUAUGUUGGCUUCGUCACAUCGAACCCAGAAAACAAGUUCUUGUCGAAGAUGCUCAACAAGGGUGAUGUAUUUGUAUUCCCAGAAGGGCUCAUCCACUUCCAGUUCAACCCCAAUCCCUACAAACCAGCGGUGGCAGUUGCUGCACUUAGCAGUCAGAACCCUGGUGCUAUCACCAUUGCCAAUGCCGUAUUUGGAUCAAAGCCUAUGAUCUCAGAUGAUGUUCUCGCCAAAGCUUUCCAGGUUGAUAAAAGGACCGUGGACUGGCUUCAAGCUCAAUUCUGGGCAGACAACCACAACUAGUUAAACAUUGUAGCGACUAUGUAUGUGCAAAAUAAUAUCAGAUAGUUUCGUAUUUCAUUUUUUAUUGUAUUUUCUUUGCUUUUAAAUCAUAUACCAUGUACUGGUGAAAUAUGAUGUUGAACAAAAUUUGCUCAGUACUGCAAAUGAAAUACUCUGAACAUGUCAGGAAUUUGUUUAAGUGGAUA